GUCCGCGCGCAUUUUCGCGAGUUUUUAUUUCCGUGAUCACAAUGCUAAAGUCCACCUAUACCCCACCUCCUCCGCUGCCGCCAGGAUGGUCCGAGCAUAAAGCUCCUACAGGCCACACCUACUACUACAACUCGCAAACCAAACAAUCCACAUAUACCAGACCUCAAGCCGUCCCUACACCACCUCCCGCGUCCACACCGGCACCCGAACCCGCACCAUUUCUUUCUGCAGACACAUUACCCCCCUUCUCCUCGACACCCUACGCCCCUCAUGGUUUUGGUUUUGGCGCCGCAUCCCAUGGAGCGCCGCAGGAUGGCCAUUCCCGCGGUGGGUUUCGUGGCGGGAGGGGAUACCACGACCGUAAACAUCGGGGACCAGAGGAUAGGCCGAAAACGAAACAUGACAUUCCUGGCUGCGUGCCAUGGGUACUUGUGAAGACCAAACUGGGGAGAAGAUUCGUUUACAACCCGGAAACAGAUGAGAGCUUCUGGAGGAUUCCCCCGGAAGUUUUGAAAGGCGUCGUCGAGUAUGAUCGCCUGGAGAGAGAGGCCAGAGAGAGGAAAGCGCGGGGCGAAGAGCCUGAAGACGCUAAGAAACCCCAGCCUGAGCCUGAACCUGAGCAGUCUUCCAGACAACAGGCAAGAGAAGGAGAAACACCUGGUGCCGCUGCGAGGCACGGAGAAGAUAGCGAUGAGUAUGAAGAGGUGGAAGUCACGGACAGCGAGGGGGAGGAAGACCAUCCUUUCAAACGGCCAAGGACUGAAGAUGGAGAUGAGCAGCCCAUGGAGUUUACCGAGGAGGAUAUCGAAUAUCAAUUGGCCGCAAUGGGAGAAGAGUACGGCCUCGACCCGGGCGAAUACGGCGAACCAGGUGAUGAGGAGUGGGAGGAGGGCGCAGAGGGUCUUCCGCUCACUGAGGCCGACGCCACAGCUCUGUUCCGCGACCUUCUCGACGACUACCACAUCAAUCCGUAUUCAACAUGGGAGAAGAUUAUCGAGGAAGGCCGCAUCAUUGAUGACUCCCGCUACACUGUGCUUCCGAAUAUGAAAGCGCGCCGAGAUGUAUGGACGAACUGGACUCGCGACCGGAUCCAAGAACUCAGGGAACGCAAAGAAAAGCAAGAGAAGCAAGACCCGCGCAUCAAAUAUCUCGCCUUUCUCCAGGAAUACGCAACCCCGAAGCUGUAUUGGCCGGAGUUCAAGCGCAAGUACAGGAAGGAGCCAGAGAUGAAAGACUCCCAAUUAACAGACAAAGAUCGCGAGAAGUACUAUCGUGACCUGGUUUCCCGUUUAAAACAACCCGAGAGUACACGGAAGUCCGACCUUUCAUCUCUGUUGAGGUCCGUGCCCCUGCACGAAUUGAAUCGAUCAUCCAGCCUCGAAGCUCUCCCUUCCAGCAUUGUCACGGAUCUCAGAUAUGUCGCUGUUCCGCUCAAACUGCGCGAUCCGCUCAUCGAGGCCUACAUCUCAACCCUGCCUGCUGCGCCAGAAAGCGAAAUGACGGCAGAAGAAAGGGAGGAGCUGGAGAGGAAGAGGGUCGAGCGUGAGAGACGUGAGAAGGCGCUGGCAGAACGAGAGAAACAAGUACAAGAGGACAAGCGGAAACAGAGAGGCGAUCUUGUCCGUGGAAGGCAUCUCUUGAGAGAAGGGGAGGCGGAGAUCGAAGCGGCCAUGAGGGUCAAUAAGGGCGGACUCCGAAGCUAUAUGGAGGCGGAAACUGAGCCCUCCAAGGGCGAAGACGAAAACGCUAACUAAAGCCUGAACGCCCUACCACACAACCCAUGUGACUUAUAGAUAGUGUACUCAUGAUUGAAAAUGACUGUAAAAAU